AUGAGCUGUGUCAACUAUUGUGUCAACACCAUGAGCUGUGUCAACUAUUGUGGCAACACCAUGAGCUGUGUCAACUAUUGUGGCAACACCAUGAGCUGUGUCAACUAUUGUGCCAACACCAUGAGCUGUGUCAACUAUUGUGCCAACACCAUGAGCUGUGUCAACUAUUGUGCCAACACCAUGAUCUGUGUCAACUAUUGUGCCAACACCAUGAGCUGUGUCAACUAUUGUGUCAACGCCAUGAGCUGUGUCAACUAUUGUGCCAACACCAUGAGCUGUGUCAACUAUUGUGCCAACACCAUGAGCUGUGUCAACUAUUGUGCCAACACCAUGAGCUGUGUCAACUAUUGUGUCAACACCAUGAGCUGUGUCAACUAUUGUGUCAACACCAUGAGCUGUGUCAACUAUUGUGUCAACACCAUGAGCUUGAGUAUAUUUAAACAACAAAAAAUGAAAACUUGA